AUGUCUCAAAUUGAGGACCCUGAGCCACCUUCAGAUCUCGAACAGCGCUCUGUCAUCGAUAAAUUAGCCCAAUUCGUCGCUCGCAAUGGGCCUGAUUUUGAACGCAUGACAAUGGAAAAGCAGCAGGGAAAUCCUCAAUUCGCUUUCCUCUUUGGCGGCGAGCACUCCGACUAUUACAAGCAUAGAGUUGAAGAACUGAAGUCAUCCAUGCAACAGCAACCUCCACCUCCCCAAAUGGUGUCACAACAACCACCGUUCCAUGCAGAUUCAUUGGCGCCCCCUCCUCAGUGGGGAGGCCCUCCAUACAAUAGGAACUGGGAAGAAGGUGGUGAAAGCUGGGGAAAUACGCAGUGGCCCCCACCACCACUACCUCCGCAGGGUAACUGGGGUUCUAAUUGGGGAUCUCAAAAUGGUCCACCCCCACCUUGGUGUCGAGGUCCUUAUCCUCCCAACUUCUACCCCCCUCCUCCACCUCCACCCCCACCACAGCAGACACCUCCGUUGACAGAGGAGGACGUUAAGAGGAGCGAGGCAAAUCUCAAAGCUCAGUAUGACAAGAUAAUUGGGGAGGAGAAGCCGCAAGCUGUUCGGCAGUGUCUGGACAAGGCUCGCAUGGAUGCAUUCAUUAGUUCAGCUGCGACUCUAUCUGUUAAUCCAGAAGAAUUUUCUGGUGCUAUCCAGCCGCUAAUCGAACUAUGUACUAAGGAGAAUAUCGCUAAAGGAAAGAACUGGGCUGUGGAAUUGAUGUCGCGUGGUGAAGCUUAUGCCAAUCUUGUUGUCGAUUAUCUUCUUCUUCGUGCCCAAAAUAUGAAUGCCAGUUUUGAGACGCGUCUGCACAUCGUAUACCUUAUUAAUGACCUUCUUCAUUUCCUUAAGCGGCAUUCUGAUGUCGCUCAUUUCCAGUCAGCACUCAAUCGAAUCGUUGUACCAGUAUACUCAUUGGCUCUUGAGAUGGCAGAUGAGGAGAAGAAGGUUAAGUUGACGCGGGUGCUCAGUUUAUGGGAAACUAAUGCCUACCUCCCUGAUGAUGUGUUGAAGAAUAUGAAGGAAGAGGGGAUUCGCGAGGCUUUUAUGAAGGAAUGGAAAGUGGAUCAAGAUAAGAUGUACGCGGAGAAGAUUGCCGAAGUGGAGGCUGAGCACACAACUCGUUAUGAAGCGUUGAAAAAGCAGCACGACGACUUCGCCGAACACGUGCACAAGACUUUGGCGGCAGCGGCCGAGUCAGAACAUCCGGAAGGUGGACCUCCGCCUUUUCCCGAUUUUUCUCGAUAUGGGCCACCUCCACCACCUCCACAAGGCUUUGGUGGCGGCGGUGGUUGGGGUGGCGGAGGUGGGAAUUUUGAUCCUCCACCUUGUUGGCAUGGUCCUCCACCCUUCAUGACAGGACCGCCACCAAUGCCAGGACGUGGUGGUGAUCGGUGGGGACGGGGGAGAGGUGGUGACAUGCCUUCUUACCACCCAGACGAUGAAUUUUACGAUGGUAGAAGGGGAGGCCCACCUCCUCCACACAUUCCAUAUCGUGGCGGACCUUCCAGAGAUCGCUAUCGGCGCGAUGGACGAUUUGAUGAACCCUAUUUUAAUCAUCAUCACCACCAGGACGAUCGUUCUUACCGUGGCGGAAUGCAGCAUCGACGCCGGUACGAGGAAACUGAGGAGGAAUUACAUCAUUCUGGGGAUGCAGAAAAUCAGGAGUUAGAGGAGGAGGUAGAGCAACAACAGCAGGCUAAUCCACCAUCGAAAGAAGAUCUGAUUCCAAAAGUUCCUUUCUGGCAACUGCCUGCGGGUCUUAUGCAUCCGCUGAUAGGACCAAAAGACUUUGAUUUCACCCCAUUGGAUCCCAGUAAGCUUCGACUUCUUCCACCAGAACCACCCUCUGAACAAUUAAUGCUUGCUCUGGACGCAUACUAUGUCCAACCUUCGCACGAUCGCCCACGUGAUCCAGAAGGCUGGGAGCGGCUAGGGUUGUUCGAAUUUUACCGAGCCAAAGAAGAGGCAAGAAAUCAAAUGGAAAGUGAAGCAAGUGCGGUGGUAACAGAGGAGGAGGAAGAGGAAAAAAGUGGUUCAGCAUCGCCGGCGGAUCGUCCAAAGAAUCAGGGUCUUCCUCAGCUGGCUUACCUUACUGCUUAUCCUAAAUCUGCUAUUGGACAAGCGAUCCGUACAGGCCCAGCGGCGCUAAUCGCCACACCUCCGCCUAAUUUGGGAAUGCCGAAGAUGAAUGCUCAGUUUGCAGCCGCUGCCGCGGUUGCUGCGGUUAACUCCGGAACUGGAAGUGCUGAUUUAUCAGGAGGAAGUUUGAAAUAUCCUCCACCUGGCGCUCCUCCAUCAACGCAGCAGAAUAGUGUCGGACAAGCACCACCACCUACCCAGUUAAUUUCGAGGACUUCCAGAUUUACGUCGGCUACUCGUCGACGCUCGAGAUCGCGGUCUAGGUCGUACUCAAGAUCUAGAUCUGGUUCUCGAUCAGACUCGCGUUCUUCUGGAUCACGUUCCAGGUCUUCAUCUCGUUCACGAUCUCGAUCUCGAUCCUCUCGAUCGCGCAGCCGUUCGCCUCCCUCUGACCGUCGUUAUAGAGACCGGUCGAGGUCACCUAGAAGUACUGAUGGCUCGAUAACAACCGCAGGCUUUAUGCGUCGUAGUGGUGUUGGAGGUGGUGGAGAUCAGAGAAACAACCGAAGAGGUGGAAUGGGAGGUAGCUAUCCCCCUCCACAGCACCCUACUCAAUGGGGUUACGAUCAUUCACUCCCUCCUCCACCAAUGAUGUCGCCAUUUGAUCGAAGAGGAGGUCCUCCUGGUCAAAUGUAUCCGCCUUACGGGAGUGGUGGUUUCCGCGGCAACGGCUAUAGCGCCUCGUCUCCCCCUCCCCCACCUCCUCCUCCACCCUCUCAUUCAUCCAUGGGAAAUGGCCAACGUGGAGGUGGUCCCUACUACGGAGGAAAGAUGGUUAGGGUGUGCGUGGUUGGCUGUUUGCACGGUCGGCUGGAUCAGGUGUACGCAGAUAUUGAAAUGAUGGAUAAGGAAGCAGGCAAGAAGACGGAGUUAGUUCUGUGUUGCGGUGACUUUCAAGCCGUUCGAAAUCCGGUCGACUUGCAGUCACUGUCAGUGCCACCCAAGUAUUACGAGUUGGGUGACUUCUAUAGGUACUACUCGGAAGAAGUGACCGCGCCCAUCUUGACCAUAUUCGUAGGAGGUAAUCACGAGGCAUCGAAUUAUCUACAAGAACUCCCUUAUGGGGGUUGGGUGGCGCCUAAUAUCUGGUACAUGGGCUAUGCUGGAGUUGUUCAAUUUGCUGGUCUUCGAAUCGGUGGUCUCUCGGGUAUCUACAAACUUCAUGACUACUGUCUCGGUCAUUUCGAGCAUCCACCAUACAACGAAGCAACAAAGCGUUCUGUGUAUCAUCUUCGAAACCUCGAGGUCUUUCGUCUUGGUCAGAUUUGUCGUCGUCUGGACAUCAUGCUGAGUCAUGAUUGGCCACGAGGCAUCUAUCACUACGGCGACACACAGGGUCUGUUGAUGCGGAAACGUCACUUCAAGGCUGAAGUGGAGGCCAACACUUUGGGAAGUCCACCUGCAGAACAGCUGCUUUGUCGUCUGCGUCCACGAUUCUGGUUUGCAGCACAUCUGCAUUGCAAAUUUGCGGCAAUUGUUCAGCAUAGGAAUCCGCCGGAUCGACAAACAAAGUUUCUCGCCCUAGACAAGUGCCUUGCAUCUCGAGACUACCUCCAAUUCCUGGAUGUUGAACCGGAUCCCUCACCUGCUACAUUCGAUGCAGAAGGCAAUGUCGUCGACACAGAGGCGGCCGAUAGCCCCUUAAUCGUUACCAACACAACAGCACUGAGUGAGGACACAAAGGAGGAAGAAGGGGAAGAGGAGGAAAAAGGAAACCUGUUUAUUGACCCAGAGUGGUUGUGCAUCCUGCACUCGACAAAUCAGUUUCUGUCUCUCACACAAAUACCGUGCAUGCUACCGGGACAGGACGGCAAGCCAAUCCGAUCAUAUUCUGCAACAGCAGAGGAGUUGAAAGCUGUUUACGAGACUUUCGCGGGCAUCUUUAACCUGCCUCAUAACUUUGAACGCACGGCCCCAAUCUACAAACCAGAAGACAUGAGCCUAAGACGAGGCGACAAUAAAAAACUGGCGGAGUUGGCUGAAGCUGAUGCCCGAAAUCAAAAGCAGGCCUUUUUUUCGAACCCUCAAACCGAGUUAUUGUGUGCUAUGUUGGAAGUGACAAAUCCCAACGCAGCGCUGAUGGGAAAGGAGUCGUAUAACCUGUCUGAAAUGGCCAGUCGUAUAAUGACAAAGAAUGAGGAGGAAGAUGACGAUGACGGUGUCAUCAGUAGUGAUGAGGAUGGAUUUGGACCGAGUCCGUCGAAGUCGUCUCGAGUGGUACCGAAUCCCGAGGAGAUAGAACUGGAUGAAAGUUACGAACAGGAAACAAAAUCGGUGGGAGGCGUUUAUGGAAGCGAAACCUCGGAAGCACCGAUGAAUGAGAACGAGUAUAACCCAGAACCGAUUAUUAAAAAUCCCGAGGUGAUUGACAUUGAUGGCAUGGAAGAUGAUGGUGAAGAGGAAGAAGAGGAAGAAAAUGCAGAACCAGAAGCGUAUGUACCGCACUCUGUGACUGGUUGUCGGACUGAUACCGAAGUCACUUACAAUCCUCAACCAAUGACUGCAAAGGGUUCGAUUGUGGAGGAAGGCAUGCCAAAGCAGAAUGUAUGA